AUGUCUGUAAUAAGUGGUUCUUCUGAACCUGAAAAAAUUCCACUUGGAAGUAGUCCAUCUUCAAUUACAUCUCUUCCAAUACAAAACGAUUAUACAAUCGGUACUUCAUCUAUUGUAAAUGGCACUCAAUCUGUAAUGACUGCCGCGACGGCAAAUACAAUACUUCCUCCUGAUCAAGCAAAUAUCAAUUUCAAACCGGCAACUACUGCAAUCACAAAAGUUAAUAAAUUGAAAUUACAAGUUUCUUUGGAUUCUACAAUUUAUACUGCUGGUGGUAUUCUGACCGGUAGACUUGUUUUGACAAGCACUACUUCACGUUCUUUAAAGCUUGGUGAAAUAUCCUGUGAAUUAACAGCUUACGAAGAAUUAUCGACAAAGGAUUUUACUGCUUCUCAGUCUUUUCUGUCUUCAAGAUUGGCUAUUUCAAUAGCAAGCAAUACAAUUUCAUCUAUAC